AUGCCCAAGGACGAUCAAAUGACUGAUGAAGAUAUGGAUAUGCCAUCCGUGGCCAAUAUGCAACAAUUAAUAGCAGCUAAAGCCGAAGAACUAUUUCGUGCAUGUGAUAUUGAAGAAAAAGGUUUCAUCAUCAAAAAGGAUAUGCAACGUUUAAAAGAUGAGUUAGGUUUUCCACCAGAGCAAUUAGAAGAUGUUUUUGAUUCACUAGAUUGUGAUCAUAACGGAUAUUUAACAUUAGAAGAAUUCACAUCCGGCUUCGGUAUGUUUUUAAAUAUUCAAAUGGGCAAUACAGAAGAACAAGAAAUUGAACAUAAUCCACAAGAGAAGGAGGAACAACAACUAUUUCAUGAUACGUUAGAUGCAUUAGGUGCGAAAGGUCUCUAUGACGAUGAAGAGACAAUUCAAGCUCUAUGGAUGAGAUUGAGAGAAACCGAUCCAACAUUGCUGAGACAGUUCGAAGGGUUUAUCGGAAAAGUAACAAACGAAAUAAGACGUUCAAAAUUAGAUCAUCGAACAAUCGAGGCUGCUUUACAAAGUAAAGCAACAUCGCAUGAUACUGAAGUGAAAAAACUCUAUGAAGAAAUGGAAAAUCAAAUCAAAGCAGAAAAGGCAAAAGUUCUAGCACAAGAAAAGUUCAAAGAACGUGAAUUUCGUGACCAAAUGGAACGUGAAUUACGUACAAAAGAAGCACAAUUGGCGGAUGUACAAAAACGAAAAUCAGAUUUGGAAAUGAAGGUGUUUCGAUUGAACAUGAACGAAGCAGAAACAAAAAGUGAAAAUGAGCGCUUGCAAAAAGAAAAGCUACAAUUAGAGGAACAAGUUCAAGAGAUCGCAAGAAAUUUAUCAGAAUCUAAAAGUUAUAUAUCACAACUUCAAAAUCAGACAAAGAAAGAUAAAAUACAUCGUGCCAAACAAGCAUUAAAUUUCACAGAAAAUCUUGCAAUUGAACGUGAAACUCUUGUCAAACAACUUGACAUACUGAAAUCAGUGAAUAAAAGAUUAGUUGAUGAACGUGAUAUGAUUGAUGCAAACCCUCUUAAUGGAAAUAUUGUGGCACCAUCAACACCCAAACAAUCAAGUGAUCCUGAAGAAGAUGAUGAUCCUGAUAAUGAGAAUGAAAAUGUGGUGGAUAUUCCUACUAGACGACGUCGACGAGUCAGUGCAACAAUUGGUGUCGAUUUACAAGUAAAAAUGUUAAAUAUUGAUCAAAGAAUCGUGGCUCUACAAGUAUGGGAUACGGCUGGUCAAGAACGUUUUCGAAGUAUAACGAAACAGUAUCUUCGAAAAUCGGAUGGUGUUGUACUUGUUUAUGAUGUUACAUCAGAAACAACAUUUAGAAAUGUUCGAGCUUGGAUGACAAGUAUACAGGAAGCAGCUGAUGACGAUUGUGUUAUUACACUCGUUGGUAACAAAAUUGAUCUGUGUGAUGAUGAUGAAAAAAGACCGGUGAAAUAUAAAGAUGGUGCAAAAUUAGCAGAUGAAUAUGGGUGUUUGUUUUUUGAAACGAGUGCACGACAAGGAACGAUAAUUGCUGAAACAAUGGAAGCUAUAGCAAGAUUAAUGCAAGAAAAAGAUGAUAAACAACGAAAAGGUGAAAAUAUCGCAAAAAAUUUACUAGAUGAGUAUAAUCAUAAUAUUACUGAAAUAGCCUAUAUUACAUCAUCAUCUGAAUUUGAAUAUAAUAUUGAUCUAAAUGAUGUAAAUAAAAAAUUAAUCAAAGAUAAGAAUUAUGAAGUGUAUCUUGCAUGUUUGAAAAUUGUUGCAUCUGUAACUAAAAAAUUCAAUUAUCAUUUAUUUAAUGAUAAAUCAUUAAAAUUACUUUUGCAUCGUACGCAAAGUAUUGGUAUUGCAGCUGAAAACGAUACAGCUAAAAAAUUAGAGCUACAAAUGUUAAAAACAAACAUAAAAGAGGUCUAUCAAAAAAAAUUUAGUUUUAAUGGAAGUCAAAUUGGUAUUGAUGAAGUUCAAGAAUUAAUGGGUUCUAUGCAAAAUCCAGAUGAUUUAUUAAAAUUAUGGAAUUCAGCAUAUAGUGUACCAUCUCCAAUGCGUGAAUUUUAUACAAAAUUAAUCAAUUUACAAAAUCAACAAGCCAAACAAAAUCGCUUUGCUGAUAAAACCGAGUCAAUAAUCAAUACUGAUGAGAAGAAGAUUGUUGAAAAGUUAUGGUCCGAACUGAGACCACUUCAUCUAUUAUUACAUGCUUAUAUUAGAAAAAAAAUAAUUUCUGCUUAUCCCGGUCUAAUGUCAUCGAAUGAGCCGAUACCCAUUCAUCUGACAAGAGAUAUGUUUGGCUCAAUGAUGACGCAUUUAGAGAGAAUCGUUUUACCAUUUCCAAAUGUAUCUGGCAUUGAUCUCGGACCAGCUAUGAUUCACAAUAAUUUUACUGAGGAGAGAAUAUUCCAUUAUGCUGAUGAAUUUUUUGUGUCACUAAACUUAACUCGUGUACCUAAAAAUUUUUGGAAUUUAUCCAUAUUGAAAAAAAUUCCUGGACGAAAUAUGGCCUGCCAUCCUACAGCAUUUGAUAUGUACAAGUACGAUGAUGUUCGUAUUCGAAUGUGUACUAGUUUAACAUCACGUGAUUUUUAUAUUGUUCAUCAUGAAAUGGGUCAUAUUCAACAUUAUUUGCAAUAUAAAAACUUACCAUUUUGGUUUCGUCGAUCGCCCCAUGAUGCAUUUGGAGAAGCCAUUGGCGAUGCUAUUGCUCUUGCAACGAUGUCACCAACACACUUAGAAAGAAUUGGACUAUUGGAAAAUCAUACAACAUCAGAUGAAAACAAUUUGAAUUUCUUGGUUACACAAGGUCUAAGUCGCUUAUUUUUACCACCAUAUGCCUAUGCACUUGAUACGUGGAGAUGGUCAGUUAAUAAUGGAUCAAUAAAACCAUCAGAAUAUAAUAAGCGUUACUGGCAAUUAGUCUGUCAGUACCAAGGUAUGCAACCACCAACGCCACGAGGUGAAGAAUAUUUUGAUGCUGGAACAAAAUUGCAUGUGGCUUAUGAUUUAUCUUACAUCAAGUAUUUCUUGGCUCAUGUAUUUCAAUUUCAAAUAUUUGAUGUUCUAUGUCGUGAAGCUAAUUAUACAGGACCACUUCAUCUUUGUGAUCUUCAUGGUUCACAUCGAGCUGGUGCAAAAUUAAAAUUAUUAAUGGAACUAGGCUCAUCCAAACCGUGGGAUGUUAUUUUAGAAGAGUUUUCUGGUGAACGUACAUUUUCAGCUAAACCAUGUUUACGAUAUUUUCAACCAUUACGAGAUUACCUAGAAAAAUUAGUUAAGAUUGGAGAAUUAAAAACGGUGGGUUGGAAAUGUAGUGAUGGAUCCAACAAUAUACUAAAAAACACGAUGAUGAUGAUUGUUCUGUGUUUAACAUUGAUUAAUUUAAUCAACUAA